AUGGACGAUAUUAACCGUAUUCCAAAAAGGAGGAGGUUAUACAAGCCUUGCGGGGUGGUGUCCAGCGACCACGCUAUUCACCAGCACCCUUGGCUGGUAGUUCUGGAGUACCACUACAGGCGCCACAGCGGCGGCAUCCGGUGUGGAGGCGCCCUUGUUGACAGCCGACACAUUAUCACGACGGCGCACUGCGUCGUUUUGGGCAUGUUUCCCAUCAUAAUGCUACCUCGGUUGGGAGAAUACAACAUGUCUUCGGACCCUGACUGCGAAGGCAACAUCUGCGCAGACCCUCCGGUGCGCAUGGUCAUCCAGAAGAUCUUCGUGCAUCCUGGCUUCCGUAAGAACAGGAAGUUGUCAGGAAAUGAUCUGGCCAUUCUGAUGUUGGAGGCUGAGGCGCCUUAUACAGAUUUCAUCCGGCCAGUUUGUUUACCCAGCGGAAUCUUGGAUGAUCAGACUUUAUUCUACGCUUCUGGUUUCGGAGCGACGCCAUACGACGUCAACUUUUCUGAGGUGAAGAAAAACAUUCCUGUACCAUACUACCCUAAUUGUUGGAAAAUCUAUAGAUACUUAGCAAAAGAUUUUAUUUGCGCUGGUGGAGUAACAGAUUUUGAUACUUGUAGUGGCGACUCUGGUGGUCCUUUGGUGAGAAUGGGUGAAAGAUUCGAAAUUUGGGGCGUCACCAAAGGUGGACAUAGUAUUUGUGGAUCGCAAGGCGUACCGGGGUUGUAUACAAGUGUUAUGUAUCAUCUAGACUGGAUGAACAAAAUCAUUGAUAUGACUCGUAAUAAAACUAGAAAUGACCAUAAAAAUUUAGGGUUACGACGAAGUGGCUCUAUUUUUCUUCUUGUGAUAUCUUACUCACUCUCACUUCAGUAUCUAUAUAAACAUUUUGAAUAGCAUGAAAUAAAUUUGUAACCAAUUCUUAACAAAAAAAAAAAACAAAAAAAAACAUUAUUGCUUUGUCGAUUCUCAUUUCGCAUUUAAGCAAUUAUUUAUUUGUAUUAAAUAUAUUUUUUUGCUCUUGGUUCGCGUGGCCGAACAAUUUUUGGUAUGGACUCAAAGUUAGAGAUUUAACUAUACAGAUAAAGUUAAUCGUUAAUACCUGAUAUGAACUAAGGUAAAGGCACUCAAUUACGAGGGGUUCCAAAACUGGCACCAUAUUCCGAUGUAUUUAGAAAAGCAGUGUUUUUAAGUAAUUUACAAGUUAUUUUUGUCGGCAAAAUAUGUUAUAUGGUAAAUAAUUUAUUUAAUCAUGUUUAUAUGAGCAAAGGAUUGUUUUAGUGUGUGUACAAUUCAAAAUAAACAGUCAGUUAGACGCUAGCAGCUAACUCGGAAGCUCGCUCCUACAUUUCGGACCUAAUUCACGUGAGUUAUACGAUUUUUUAAAUAGUGUUUUUUACGUGAGUUUUAUACUAAUGAGUAUUUGUUUAAUUUGAAACAUGUAAAGGGUUAUGUUUUUUAUCGAAUACCCAUAACAUUGGAGUAUUUUCUUCUGAAGUUGAGGAGAAAAUAAUAUUUUAAAAUAUCGCGGCAUUAGGUUCCAAAUAUUUGAAUUGGUUCCUAAAUGCCGAUGUAUACCACGGAAAUGUAAUUUCAUACAGGUUAAUUUUUUUACAAAAAUUUAAUGAAUUAUUAUGAUUAGGAAUUUAGUGUUUUAGUACUGAACACUUGAAUAACCAAUACACGUAAAAAUGUAAUUCCGAGGUAUACUUUAGAGUCACAUUUAUUAGUUAUAUUAGGUCAAACAAUAUCAAUUCAUGUACUUUAUUGAUUUAUUGUAUGGAAAAAUAAAGUCGAAAAAAUUUAGUUAUUGAUAUGUUCUGAUUAAACCUGGCUAUGUUUUCUAUAUGUUUCGAAAGAUAUAGCAAUUUAGGUUUAAUUUACUUACAGUAUAUUGACAAAUAUGUUAUUUUUUAACUCGGAAUAAAAAACUUGUUUGAGAGUUAGAAAACGCAAUUCCGAUGUAUUUAAGACGGAAAAAGGUUAUAUGAAUACCUAAUUCUGUGGUAUUGAUACAGCAAAAUACAGGGUGUUCAUUUUCUCAUGCAGUUUUUAAAGCACUUAUUAUAUAGUUUCAGUUAUUAAUUAUAAUAAAUAGCUUUGAAACAUUUAAAAUACCUAAGUUUGAUUAUUCGAUAUACUCAGACUUACUUACGCAUAAUUACAAUCACUUACAAUUUACUGUUUUGUUCUAGAAUAAUGAACUCAAGAAAAAAAUACACAAAAGAAGACCUUCAAAAUGCUAUCAUGGCAAUUAAUAAAGGCAAUAGCGUUUAUAAAGUUUCUCGACAAUAUAAUAUUCCAGAAACUACAUUGAGAGAUAAACGUGAUAAAAUAUUUUUUAUUAUUAUUUUUAUUAUUUUUAAUAUUUUUUAUUAUGCCGGCAACGUCACCGCAAUAUUUUGCGGUGACGUUGCCGGCAGAAAAACGAUACUCUCCAAAUCUGAAGAAACAAAUAUUGUUGACUGGUCUUUAGGGGAUUAUAUGAUUAGCCAUUUUUGAUUAUGUUCCUAUUACCUAUUUCUAAAUCAUAGCAACUGUUAUGUUACCUACAUUUUUGCUUGCUUUUGAUUGCUGUUGUUUUGGUCUCAUAAUUUAUAAGAAAUAGUUAACAUUUUUGAUAUGAUUAUUACAGUUGUUAUGCUUCAAUUAUUUUCAUUCAUACGCAUGUUGUAUAAUUUUUAGGUCAUAAUAUUUUUGAUUGUACUUAUACGAAAUUAUAAGUAUCCCGUCCAAAAUAUAUUUUUUAAGUUUAAAUAAUUAUGUUUUGCGUUGUUUUCAGUAUAAUCUGUUUUUAGUUUUUGAUAUUUUAAUUUUCAUAUUGUUCAUUACUAGAAAGUAAAUUUAUAACUUACUAAAACAAAAAAUAUACAUUUGUAAAUAAAGUACAUACUGCGAUGCCGUUUUAAUAAUCAUGUAACAAAGAGAAUAAGACUGAUUUAAAAUCCAAAGACAAUAAAUACACUUGAUUUUUGAACAUCAUGUAUCACCACCCCCACCUCCAUUCCCUUAUAUUUUGUACACUCGGAUUUAGGAUCAAUAUGAGUCGGAAUUAAGAUUUUUAAAUCGGAAUAAGGGUCCUCGGACUUACUUACGUUUUUAAAUAAUUUUACAUUUAUACAAUUUGUUUACUGUCAAACUUUAAGUAUAUUUUAAAACUAAGAUAAAUGUCACUGCUGAUAAAAGUGGCCAAUUCUACAAAAAGGUACAUUAAAUACUUAAAUUGCGACGAUCAUUUAACUUUGGACGAAAACACCUCGGAAUUAGGUGCCUUUACCUUAUAUGUAUUAAUAUGACCAUUGUGAUAAUUUGUAGACAAUGCAGCUGGAUCAUUACACGAAUAUUUAAAGUUAGUUGGAAGAUCCAUUUUCAAAAUUAUAAAAACAAACUCAACUGUCGUAAAAAACUAAAAUUUUGUAACAACUUUUAUUAAGAAGUCAUCACCAUAAACGUAAUAUUUGAUCUAGCUGUCGAACACACCUCGUCGCUUUCUUAUCGAACGAAACGAAAUUUAUGGAGACUAUAAUAACUAUUCAAUAUACACUAAUUUAUUUUAA